AUGAAUAGUAUAUACCAUAUAAAAUCAACACUACCUAUAAUAAAUUAUAUUCGCUUUAGAUGUUUAGAAAGAGAAGAUUACCACAAAGGAGUUAUUCAAGUUCUAAAUGAAUUAUCAAAUUGUCAAAUGGACAAACAAAAAUAUGAAAAAAUCUUUGAUGAAUUGAAAGAAACUGGUAGAUAUGUUAUUGUUGUUGGAGAAGAUGAACAAGAAAAAAUAGUUUGUGUUGGUACUUUGUUCAUUGAAAGAAAAUUUAUUUGGAAUGGAGGGUUAGUCGGACAUAUUGAAGAUAUUGGAGUGACACAAAGCAGAAGAAAUCAAGGAAUUGGUAAAGGAUUAAUUGACUCACUGUUAAUUAUUGGAAAAGAUGAAGGGUGUUGUAGAAUUAUUUUAGAUUGUAAAGACAGAGUCAAAGGGUUUUAUGAAAAAUGUGGGAUGACAUACAAAGACAAUUGUAUGGCGAUUUAUUUAAAUAAAUAA